AUGGGCAUGAAACACUCCUCCCGCUGCCUGCUCCUAAGGAGGAAAAUGGCGGAGAACACGGCCGAGAACACCGAGGUGAGCAGCCCACCCUCGCAGCCCCCGCAGCCCGUCGUCCCAGCCAAGCCUGUGCAGUGUGUCCACCAUGUGUCCACUCAGCCCAGCUGCCCGGGACGGGGCAAGAUGUCCAAGCUGCUGAACCCGGAGGAGAUGACCUCGAGGGACUAUUACUUCGACUCCUACGCCCACUUUGGGAUCCAUGAGGAGAUGCUGAAGGACGAGGUGCGGACGCUCACUUACCGGAAUUCCAUGUAUCACAACAAGCACGUGUUCAAGGACAAGGUCGUACUGGACGUGGGGAGCGGCACUGGGAUCCUCUCCAUGUUUGCUGCCAAAGCCGGGGCCAAGAAGGUGUUUGGGAUUGAAUGCUCCAGUAUUUCUGACUAUUCAGAGAAGAUCAUUAAGGCCAACCACUUGGACAACAUCAUCACCAUCUUCAAGGGGAAGGUGGAGGAGGUGGAACUGCCCGAGGAGAAGGUGGACAUCAUCAUCAGCGAGUGGAUGGGCUACUGUCUGUUCUAUGAAUCGAUGCUCAACACCGUCAUCUUUGCCAGGGACAAGUGGCUGAAACCUGGAGGGCUUAUGUUUCCAGACCGGGCAGCAUUGUACGUGGUAGCAAUUGAGGACAGACAGUACAAGGACUUCAAAAUCCACUGGUGGGAGAACGUCUAUGGCUUUGACAUGACCUGCAUCCGGGACGUUGCCAUGAAGGAGCCCCUGGUAGACAUCGUGGACCCAAAGCAAGUGGUGACCAAUGCCUGUUUAAUAAAGGAGGUGGACAUCUACACGGUGAAGACGGAGGAGCUGUCCUUCACAUCCGCCUUCUGCCUGCAGAUACAGCGCAAUGACUACGUCCACGCCCUGGUCACCUAUUUCAAUAUCGAAUUUACCAAGUGCCACAAAAAAAUGGGGUUUUCCACAGCCCCUGACGCCCCCUACACCCACUGGAAGCAGACUGUCUUCUACUUGGAAGACUACCUCACCGUCCGGAGGGGGGAGGAGAUCUACGGGACCAUAUCCAUGAAGCCAAAUGCCAAAAACGUGCGAGACCUCGAUUUCACAGUAGACUUGGAUUUUAAGGGACAGCUGUGCGAAACAUCUGUAUCUAAUUACUACAAAAUGCGUUAG